AACUUAAACCGCCCACCGGGAAAGCGUUCCAAAUUCGAAUAACACCUUUUAGCUGUAGUCCGCCAAUAGCGAUUCGCGAGUUCAAAUUAAGAACGGAGCUUCGUGACUGCCGACCGCCUCUCGGGGGGAGCGGACCAAUCGGAUCGCGGGAGUCCAUGUUCGUUAGUGUUCUUUUUUCCGUUGUCCGGGCGUCGGCUCGUGGUGGAGAGCUCACUCGGCCGCGCGCCGCCCCGGCGUUCGUAUCGCGCGUCGCGUCACAAUGGAUUGUGCUGUGUGACAUGUGCAUCUGAGUUGGUGUAUUUGUAUUUCUGUGACGUUCCCGCUGUGCGUGAAAGCAUGAUGCCUCUCGCACCGACCCCUGUGGUGGCGGUGCCAUCGAAGCCGAAAAUCGGAUUCAGCAUAGACAGUAUCGUUGGCGGUUCUGAUAGGUCGCGGCAGGCGUCGCCGCCGCUGGCGAGCCCCGGGUCUCCGUCGCCGGUUGCCUCUCCGAGGAGUCCCUCGCCGCGUCCCCUGCUCCGGCCGAGCGCUUUGCCCGCCGUGUUCCCAUCUCCGGAGCUGAAGAGGCUUCCGUACCUCGACGCCCAGAGUCACCACCAUCAGUUCUUGGCGCAUUUCCAAGGAGCGGCGCUGGCGGCAGCUUUAGCCCAUCAGCAGCAAGGUUUCGGUGCCCCCCUACCGCCUCACCCGCCGCCGCACCCCGCCGGGCCGGUACCCAGAGAGUCUUACCAGCUCUACCCCUGGCUGAUCAACAGGCACGGAAGGUUGUUCCCGCACAGGUUUCCUGGAGGUCCAGACAUCCCGGGGUUCCUCCUGCAGCCGUUCAGGAAACCGAAGCGGAUCCGGACGGCGUUCUCUCCGUCUCAACUCCUCAAGCUCGAGCACGCCUUCGAGAAGAAUCAUUACGUGGUCGGAGCCGAGAGGAAGCAGCUCGCGCAGGCGUUGAGCUUAACCGAAACUCAGGUAAAAGUCUGGUUCCAAAACAGAAGAACGAAGCACAAACGUAUGCAGCAAGAGGAAGAAGCAAAGAGUGGCAAGUCCGGUUCUUCCUCUAAACCCGAAGACGGAAGCCAACUGAAUAACUCCUACGAGGAAGACGAGGAGCUCAUCGACAUGGACAUGGACGAACUAAGUGAGAGUGAGAAUGAGACGUAGGAGUGCAGUGAUAUUGUAAAUAGAACUAGAAUUUAGUAUUUAUUUUUAGCGUCUUAAAUCCAGUCGGUGGAUAGUUUAAGAGGUUCCCUUUGCUCAAAUUGUGAGCUGUUAAAAAAUACACGUCAAUUUUUUUUUGUAGGUAUUCAAUUGUAAGUUCUAAUAUCUUCCGUUUCUUUGUUUUUAACAGUUUUAGAACGUUCCUUUUCAUUCAUAAUAAUUAAUUACAUCUAUUUUUGAACUGAAGUAGGUUAACAUGAUAUUGUGUUUUCAAUUUCACAAUAAUUUGUUUCUUUAGAAACUGUAAGCAACGGCUUGGCAGUGUCACUGGUAUUGCUAAAGGUGACCAUUCAUGUAGAUCGUAUGCUCUUUUUACAAAGGAAAUUAAGAAAAAAAUCACAUCACAAUAUAUUAUCUGUGAAAAUACAAAUUGAAAAUUUUGACUUAAAUGAGAUUUCAAAACAUGAUUGUUCUUUUAAGUAAGAAAGUAUUUCCUAUGAAUGGCUUGCUUCUACCGUUACUCACGCUUAAUAUAAAUAUUUAGUCCUUUAGUCGAUCUCCCAGGAUCACUUCAGUAAUUCACUAAUUAACUUAUUAAAUGUAAUAAUCUCAAAACUCCAAAGUGAAGGUAAUAAAAAUACUUCAAAUUUUACUGUAGUUCAUUUCAAAACGAGCUCCCCAAAAACCACCAGAAACUAAUUGGAAUCGCUUUUACAACCUCAAAUAAAUCCAGGGCAGUAAAUAAAAAUUAAAAAAAAAGAGUCGAUAAUUUAUCUAAAUUUAAAAACGACUAAACAUUAACAGCAUUCAAAAUGGCGCCUGGUUCCUCGUUAGCGCUUCACGGUUUAUUAGAUAACGAAAUUGCCUUUAUUAUAAUAGUUUUGAGGUUAAAUUAAUUAAAAAUUAUUCUUUUUCGACCAUCCCCUCGGGCGAUGGAGCUAUAAUUAGACAUUUUAGAUUUGAAAUACCGAUACGCAGCGAGGUUUUCUAGCGGGCUGUCAAAUAGAAAGGAACGCGUCUAUACAGCGGUGCGUUGUCAGAGCGAGAAAGGUAUGUCGGAGGCCUGUUAUUAAGAGAUGAAUUCAAAAAGGUAUCUCCGGUUAGAAUCGCGUCGGGUAAUUGCCGUGGACGUAACCAAAUUGUUUUAAUACGGACGAUUGUUCUUUAAGACUAUUUGUCUACGGGUUUGUGGUGUUUUAGAUAAGGAUCUUGAAUUUCAAUGCUUUCUUUGAAGCGCUCGAUACCAUUGUUAUUUUUUUUUUGACACUGGUAAUGCGUGACUUUUUCGUUGUGGCAACAUUCGUUUGUUGAUAUUUGUGAACAAGUCAAACGCGUCACAUAAAUUUUAAAAGGCAUCAAUAACGACAUUAUGUAAUUAAGAUAAGAAAACGAUCUAAUUUUUAAAAUUUCGGUUAGUUGAGUUACUCCCCCAGUCAUUGACAAUGACAAUAAAUUAUCGAUGGACUAAAUAUUUGCUUUCGUGGAUAUAUUCCGAGGCACAACAGCUAGAUACCUGUUGUCGAAUUACAAAAAAAAAAAGCAACGCAUUCCGACCACAACACAUUAAAAGCAGACUCCUUUGAUUCAUGCCAAUUAAACACAAAGCUCUGGAAACAAAACAAAGCUUAAAGCUCCGAGCAGCUUAAGGGCAUAAAACGCCCGUGUAAUGAGGUCAAUUAUAUGUUUUUUUUUUUACGACUCAAACAAUGGUUUACCUCAUAAUGGGACACAGAACAUAACCGAAUGACACGCUGAGCGCAAACAUAAAUUAAAUGAUUAAUGGCGUAUAUAAUUAAAAAGUUGAAUCGUGUAAUAGGAAAUGCUUUGUUAAUAUUUUAUGGCUGACGAUAGCGAACCCAAAGUGCAAUGUACAGAAUACAUCAAUAACAUUGUUAUUUUGUACAGGCAAGGAAUAAACUAUGAAGAUAUUGAUUGCUUCGCUACUCUGACAAGUGGUCUAACUUGAGGACUUGCUAACAUUAACGCACAGAUACAGCCCACUGAGUUUCUCAUCGGAUCUUCUCAGUGAGUCGCGUUUCCGAUCCGGUGGUAGAUUCUGCGGAUCUGCUAGGGUCAGUGUUAGUAUCACUCCGGUUUGAGCCCCAUGAGCUCACCUACACACGUUAGGGUGAAGCUGAAAUAGCCUCUCAAGGCUCUUCGAGGUGGGUGGCGCAUUUACGUUGUAGAUGUCUAUGGGCUCCAGUAACCACUUAACACCAGGUGGGCUGUGAGCUCGUCCAUCCAUCUAAGCAAUAAAAUAAAAUAAAAAAAGUCUAUCAGCAUAGGUAGUAAAAAAAUCUUUGUAAGACGGCUCACAACAAAUAACGUGGUUUAUUUACGCUAAAGAAGGAUAGGAGAUAAACAUAUCUCUACUAUGCUCUCCAUUAUCCAUCCCCCAUUUUCGGCCCAAUUUCGCGCUGAAGGUCCGUUGUCAUUGGUUAUUUAAAUUUUUAAACUGUGGAAGAGGUAUUUGUUGUUCAGAUUGAGCGUAAUUUUGAGAUUUUGCAAACAAAAAAUGUUUCAGGAGAUCUGUUGGGCUGGCCCGUCGAUGUUUUUGGAGCAGUACCUAUUUCUUAUUAAGCAAUCGAUAAGUUCGAAAAGAUUUAGUAACUAGUAAUCUUUAUAAUACUCUGAUCGAGUGUACGGAUAGAGUCAAUUUUGAUUUUGAACUAAAGUUAGCUGAUUAAAAACACUUUUACAGUUUUAAUAUCGUAUUUUUACAGUCGUUUACUGUCGGAUGAAAGGCAAUUACAUGCAGCAGAGAUGCGAAUCUUGCGACGGAUGUGUGGGGUAACGAGAAUGGAUAGAAAACGGAAUGAAUAUGUAAGAGGAAGUCUGAAAGUGGCACCUGUGACAGAGAAGUUGAGAAGGGCGGGUUUGGGAUGGUAUGGACAUGCGAUGAGACGAAGUGACAAUGAAGUUGGUAAAAGAAUGUUAACUAUGAAUGUUGAGGGAUAUAGAGGAAGAGGUAGACCUAAGAAGGAAUGUAUGGAUUGUGUGAAAGACGAUAUGGGUAAGAGGGGAGUGAGGGAAGAAAUGGUAUAUGAUAGAAGAGUAUGGAAGGAGAAAACAUGUUUCGCCGACCCCAGGUGACUGGGAGAAGGGCAGGAUAAUUAUGAUGAAUGAUUUUUUACUGUCGUCAUAUUGUUUCCCAUGUUUGGAAUACUUAACAUUUUUCCUAGUCACGUUCGGUCGUCUGUGAAAUUGUAAAGUUUUAUUUUAAAACUUAAAAAAAAAACGCGCAAGCUUAAUCCGAUUUUUUAUGGGAUUUUGGGGGCAGCAUAUUCAUUAAUUUAUCAUUCUUUUAUUCGAUUAGCUUUCUGUAAAGUGAUCAGUGAUAAAGGCUAUUGUGAUAAUGAUAACGCUACAAGAAAAUCUUUAGAAUUACCAUCUUAAAAUGAAUAUCGCUGUCAUAAUAUCUUUUCAUCGACGUCAAUUAAAAUUUUUGGCAUGGACGGAGAGUUCUAUAGUACUAACUAACAAAGUCUUAAAUACGACAUUUGAUAGCAGUAACACAGAAUUUAUUCACAGCGACUUAUGUUGUGAGCUGCACGAAUUUUUAGCGCUAGAUUUUCAAAGUUCAUUUUUUUUUUUAUUGCUUAGAUGGUGUUACCUGGUAUUAAGUGGUUACUGGAGCCCAUAGACAUCUACAACGUAAAUGCGCCACCCACCUUGAGACAUAAGCUCUAAGGUCUCAAUAUCAAUAUACUCAAAGUAUCAAUAUCUUAUUUUAUACCUUUAAACGAGCAAUUCUUGUAUACAGUCAAACCUGGGUAAGUGAGAACUGGAUAAGUAAGAAAACUUUAUAAGUGAGAGUAAUAGCAAGGACCCGUCAUUUUAAGCUCCCAAAACCUCUAUUAGCGAGAAACAGAAACCUCUGUAAGAGAGAGUCGUUUUUUCCUCAUGGACCUCCGUAAGUGAGACUGCUACCUAUCUAUAUCUCUAUAAGCGACAGCCGAGCUUUAUUUAUUUAUUUAUAUUAUUUAAGAGGAACAAAUGACAAAACAAAUUACAAAUUUAACAUCAGCUAUUUUAUGACUCAUUUUUAACUUUCGUGGAACUUCCUAUCAUUGUUUUUGUAUUGUUUUCUCGUGAAUAUUGAACCUAUUCUAUUUCGUGGAACUAAAUAACGUUGUUAUUUUAUCGUAUUCUUUUAUCGCAUUAUUUUCGAAUGGACACGUGUGCCUGUGUAUCGUCCUGUUUGUCGGACUUACUCAGUUUAUCGUUAAUCAAUUGCGAAGGAAAGUUCUGUUCUGCAUCAUGUAAAAACGGAAAAUUAAAGUACUGUCAUUAAAGUCAUAAACUUAAAAUAGUGAAUGCAUUUGAAUGCGGAAAAUCGCGAAUCGAAAUUCAGAGGGAGCAUUAGCGAGAAACUCGGGUUAGUGAGAAACCUCUAUAAGCGAGAAUGAGAUUGUGCUCCCUUGAACUCUCGCUUAUCCAGGUUUGACUGUAUAUAUAUAUAUAAUCUGAAUCUCGGAAACGGCUCCAACGAUUUUCAUAACAUUUAGUAUACAGGGGAUUUCGGGGGCGAUAAAUCGACCUAGCUACGAUUUAUUUUCAGAAAAUGUUGUUCUAUUCGUGUUUUCAAUAAUCAAUAAUCAACUCUUCCCGACAUCUAUUAGCGAAUAAUAAUACUAUUUUUCUUAAUUGAGGGUAACUAACCACUUUAAGGACACAACAGAUGGCGUUAUUUAAAAAAAAAAAAAAAACCAAGCAAAGCUCGUACAUCAUCUAGUACUUAGUUAUCGGAGCCUUAUCUCUGGCCUGCUUCAAUAAAUUAAUAAUGUCGCAUAAUCGGAGACUUAAAAAUCAAUCACGGAGCGAUUAAUUAAAAUGUAUCGAGAGAAUGCAUCGUAAAUUGCCGUACAAGGCCGCUAAUCGGGACGGCUAAUCGAUAAUUUAUUAACGAUUACCCGAUUAAUCGAUUCCAAAAUGGCAAUUAAAUAUUUUUUCAAAUAGCUUUACCUAUUUCUGCUGUGAAAUUAGGUUUUUACGCCGCGAUUUCGCUCUUCGUUAAUUUUUCUAUUGAUUUUUUUUUUUAUUUGACGCAAAAAUUCUUGGUUGGUUGUCUGGUAACUCUCUGCACUAACAUCGGUUUAGAUUUGUGCAGACAAAAUGAUUAUUUUAAGUUCGAUAAAUAAAGUAUUUCAUUCGGUUUUACGUAAAUGUCAAACACAAUUAUUUAAUUUCGCGUCUCCUAUAUUUAUUUUAUUAUUUACUAGUGAACCCGGCGAACUUUGUUCCGCCACACGGUUUGUUUCAAACACAUCAGUAGUAGUAAGGUUUUUCUCGAAAAGAAAGGCAAUGGAACUAAGCCAUACAGCCAAUUCUUAAGUUUAAUAUUUUCAUAUAUAAUUUUAUGUUUCAAGGCAAAAAAGCCAAUUCUUUAGUAUUCUUCAUUUAUAAAUAUUUUUCAAAUCCGUGUAAAUGUCUAUUCAGAUAUUAUUUUUCCAAUUUGUUUCGGUUGAGAGUUGUCGCUCAAACACAUCAACCGGUCAACUUCAAAAUUCUACUAUAAUUAACCAUAGACUACAUUACGUUUAGCUGUCAGUUGCGUUUUGUUAUUCCAUAUCAGUUGCGUUUUGUUAUACCACGUUUUAUGUCGCGUCCCACGGGAACGUUAUAAAAAGUAUCAUAUAUCCUUCUCCUGUUUUUAAGCUACCUCCUCACCAAUUUUCAGCCAAAUCAGUUCAGCCGUUCCUGAGUUAUAAACAGUGUAACUAACACGACUUUCUUUUAUAUAUAUAGAUUACCAAGCUCUCGUAAUACGUUAGAAAUGAUUUUUGUACUAAAAAAGACGCCAGUUACCGCAUUAUAUAAAUGUCGUCGUCAAAUAAUGAAAAUAAAGUAAAUGCUACUGGUGGUAGGACCUCUUGUGAGUCCGCGCGGGUACCACUACCCUGCCUAUUUCUGCCGUGAAGCAGUAAUGCGUUUCGGUUUGAAGGGUGGGGCAGCCAUUGUAACUAUACUUGAGACCUUAGAACUUGUCUCAAGGUGGCGCAUUUACGUUGUGGAUGUCUAUGGGCUCCAGUAACCACUUAACACCAGGUGGGCUGUGAGCUCGUCCACCCAGGUAAGCAAUAAAAAAAAAAUGCAACUUUUUUUAUGUCCCUAAAAUAAUUCAUUACUUUUCUCCAACUAAUAUUUUACUAAUUUCAAUUUGUCUGACCUAUCAAACCAUUAUUUAGUUGGAUUAUAAUAAAUAGCGCACUGUUUAUUAUUUAUUGUACCCACAGUUAAUACAAUACAAGAAUUGCGAAAACUUAUAAAAUGGCGAGUUUAACUCAACAAUUGAGUUAUUUACCAGCUAACCGUUCUUAAAGAGGGAGAGCUUUACAUAAUUUAAUUUAAUAAUUUGUUUAUAAUAUCUAAGGCCAUUUUCAUACGAACACUAGUUCCACAAGUUUUGUAAUAUAACACAAUCAAUAAAAUCAUAAAGCUUGACUCUUCCAACGUAAUAUCUUUCAAAUUUAUUUUAUAAAUACUAUGUCCUUCACUUUAAUCCGCAUUCAAAUACUUAAAACAUCGAAUACAAUGCCACGAAACAGAACUCCUUUGCGAAACAGGAAAAAAAAACAAAAAAAAAAAAACGAAAACCGAAAAAAUGUUACCAGCAAUAAAAAGUUCACUUACGCUUUCAUAAUAUGAACAUUAAUUUCUCGUUUCAACGUCAUUCGGUUCGAAACAUGAUUUUAAUCGAUUCGUAUGAAAUCGAUACUCGGGCUCGUAAAUCAUGCUUAAACAAAGGCAGGAAACGCGAAUUACAAAUUACCCUUAUAAUAGAGCGUUAAGGUAAAACCACUACUGGAAUUACGGCACAGUCCCGGAACGAACUCAUCAAGCCACGUUACAAAGCUAAAGAAUUUCCCUGCGACGGACUUUGCAUGUAGGACAAGUCAUAUAAUUUGCGUAAUUACUGGUGGUAGGACCUCUUGUGAGUCCGCACGGGUAGGUACCACCGCCCUGCCUAUUUCUGCCGUGAAGCAGUAAUGAGUUUCGGUUUGAAGGGUGGGGCAGCCGCUGUGACUAUACUGAGACCUUAGAACUAUAUCUCAAGGUGUGUGGCGCAUUUACGUUGUAGAUGUCUAUGGGCUCCAGUAACCACUUAACAUCAGGUGGGCUGUGAGCUCGUCCACACAGGUAAGCAAUAAAAAAAAAUUAAAAAAAAAUUGUUUUAGAAACUCUUUGGGCUAUAAGAUUUAGAGAGGGGGCAAUAUAGAGGAGAAACAAAAAAAAAAUUUUUUUUCAUUAUUUUUUUAUUUCCUUAGUAGGUAAACUUAUUAUACUUGAUGGUGAGUAGUUACCGUUGCUCAUGGUCGUCAGCAAUGCCAGGGGCUCUAGCCGCUGCCUACCAUAACUUGUGAACUCAUCUGACUUGAAGAGGCGUGUUAACAAAUUCACAAGGUUUUUUUUUUGUUCCUACCUAAGCUGAUAGCCUUGAGAGGCUAUUUCAGCGUAACCUUAACUAGUAGGGGGCUCAUGCCUGACGACGUUGCUAACACAAACCCUAGCUGUGUUUCGCAGAAUCUACCACCGGAUCGGAGACGCGACCCACUGAGAAGAUCCGGCGAAAAACUCAGUGGGCUGUGUCUGUGGGUUAAUUUACUGAACGAUGACCGGGUUCAUAAGAGAAGUCCAGCUGUAGUUCAUAUAUCGAAUUUGACAACAUUUACCGCAAAAUUAUAGUAAGUUAAACAUCAGCAAAUUUAACAAAUGCUGUUUUUCAUCAUUUUCAAUUUGUAUAUUCACUGGUAAUGACGAAAAGUAUGUUAAUAACUCAACUUAAGCAUUCAGUAUUAUUUAAAAAGGUUAAAUAGUUUGGCUGAUCAAUAAUAAUUUCGGGUAUAAUUUACCAAUAAAAAAAAAAAGAAAAAAAACCUUAUUUAAAGAAAAAUCCCAGGCCCCGUAGAUUUCAAAAUGAGUAAAUUAAAAAUCGAAACUAUUCAAUUUAAAGUAAGUGUAUUUUAAGUUUAGUGUUUCGUGGGUCAUUUCUGAGAUAUUGUUGAAGUGACGUCAGAGGUUAAAAUCGAAAUUUCUUCAAAAAAAAAACACGUAAUUUUCAAGUCAACCGAAAAUUAUGAAUAAAUAUAAUAAUAAAAAAUUAUAAUUUAAAUAUUAAAAUGCCCAUCUCGAAUGAUAAAAAGUAAGGAGUGUAUAUUAAUACGUUUAGUUUAGUCUUUAAUUUAUAUUGAAAAGAGGAACCUGUUUGUUUGUAAAAAUUAAUGUAAGCUACUUAAUUAUGAUAUAAUAUGCAUCGAAAAUAUUUUACGGAAAAUGAUAUUUAUUUAUUAUAUAAUUCGUAUUUAAUUAAGAUACGUGGUGGCGUCGCGUAUUUUAUAUUUAUAUUGUUGUAAUUAAUGGUUUUAUGUUUAAUGGGACAAUAUUCUUAUGAAACAGUAAUUCCCCCUAUAACACGGUAGAUCAGUUCCGCGUUAUAGGAAAGACGUUGUAGGAGUACUCUCGCAUAACACGCUUGUAUGACCUCGCAUAACGCGUUACGUACAAAUAUAAUAUAUAUUUAUUUAUUUACAUUAUAUACAAAUAUUUGUUUUUUGUUGUAGUCCUAGGGUACCCCGCUGGUACAUAGGGCCCUCACAAGUUGCCUCCACUUGACCCUGUCUUGCGCUUGCUCCUUGACAUCACUCCAGGUCACGUUGGCAGUCCUCAUCUCACUCUCUACGGUGCGUAGAGAGUGAGAUGAAGAAUAAAAAAAAACGUACAAAUAUAAUACAAGAUAACCAAUGUUUGUACAAUUAAAAGAACUAGAAAAACAAAUUUAAUAAAUUAAAUUAAUUCAAUUUUUUAACAAAACAAUUGACACAAUGUGAAAAGGUACGCGAAAUUAAUUAUGAAUUGUACAGAUAAUUAUUAUUGUGUAUAUCAUCACAAAAGCACAGAAAUAUAACGUGUGAAAUUCUCGCGUUAUAUGGGGGAAUACUCGUGUUAUAGUAGAGACGUGUUAUAUGAAAAUGCGUUAUAAGAAUACCGUGUUAUAAGGGGAAUUAUUGUACUUAUAACGCGAAGCAAGUCGCAUAGUUUCGUCUGCAACAUACGGUAACCAUAUUAUUUUAAUUAUAUUAUUACAAUCACAUCCGCGUCGGUUCAGACAAGUUUCCCUGUUGCUUUUUAAGUCGAGCAUUAAAAGAGGAUGAACGGCCGGUUUCUAGCAAAAUGCAGAAUCUAAUAUAAAAUCUGUGCAUAUUUCUAUCCCAUACAUGACGGUAUCUAGCCCAAUCUGGGUAUGAGCGUAAUCUGAUUUGGGCUAGGACUUCAAUCUUGCGUUUUAUACUCAACUAAUUAAAUGCUAUUACUAUCAAGGAUAAAAGAGACUUGCUAGUUUUUUUCUUUUUUUAUUGCUUAGAUGGGUGGAUGAGCUCACAGCCCGCCUGGUGUUAAGUGGUUACCGGAAUCCAUAGACAUCUAUCUACAACGUAAAUGCCGCCACCCACCUUAAGAUAUGAGUUCUAAGGUCUCAGUAUAAUUACAACGGCUGCCCCGCCCUUCAAACCGAAACACAUUACUGCUUCACGGCAGAAAUAGGUGGGGUGGUGGUACCUACCCGUACGGACUCACAAGAGGUCCUACCACCAGUAAUUAUGCAAAUUAUAAUUUUGCGGAUUAGAUUUUUAUUACACGAUGUUAUUCCUUCACCUUGGAAGUCAAUCGUAAACAUUUGUUAAGUACGUAUUUCAUUAGAAAAAUUGGUACCCGCCUGCGGGAUACGAAAACCGGCGCAUCGCUAGAUACGAAUGCACCGGACGUCUUAUCCUUUAGGCCACCUUCAGACGGUUCGUCCUUGGAUAUUAAAAAAGGCUAUUAAUUUUGAUAUUUGUCGAUGAACCGAAUAUUAUUGUGAAUUUACUCUGUAUAUUACACGUGUUAAUGACAUGUCUGAUGCUAAGUUUAAGUCUACUUAGUGAAUUUGUGAACGCCAGUCAGAAACAGAUAAUCAAUUAAACUUACAGAUUUAUCAAAUUUCUAGACAAAAGUAUGUAUAAUAUAAAAUGUUCCUUGUAUCGUGAGUAGAAUGCCAUAGGUGAAUGUAAAUAUAAGUUUAUAAUAAAUAUAUGGUAAAUAUAUUAUAUGUGAACUUUAAGCAUUGAUGUAAAUUGCUUUUACUUUUCGUUUUUUUUAAAUGUAAAUAUUUGCGUGUUACUUAAGUUGUCGUGUGUCACUCGAUUUGGUAAUGUAUUGUGUAAUAGAAGAUAAAUAGAUAAUAUACUUUAUUGUUACAAUAUUUAUGUACUAAACACAUGAUAGCCGCAUCUUAUAUUAUUGACAAUGUCAUAAUUAUAUUUUUUAAUUUGUAGACACAAUAUUGCUAAUAUUGAACGUAUUUCUGGAAAAAAAAAAAAACUGAAAUCAAAACCAAAGUCGAUGAAAAAUAUGAGCGGUCAAUGUCAUUUAUGAAGUUUUUAUUGAAUUCACAACGGCAUUGCGUGCAAAGAUUAAACGCCUCUCUGAGGAUAUCGACGCUUGAAAGGCAAACGUGACUAAGCGACAAUGCGUGAACUUUACAGUAGACUAAUUUAGAGUUGAAAUACCUGAAAAAAGAAUCUAUUUUAACGAAUCUAGCUGUAGGAUUGAAAUGAUUUUAAUAGACCUAGAAAUAUAUUAUUUUUUUUGCGCAUCGAAUAUGGUUAUUGCCUAUCAUUUAUGUACAAAGCAGUUAUUGUCGCUUAGUCACGUUUGCCUUUCAAGCGUCGAUAUUUGAGAGGUAUUUGCUAACGAACUCAUCAAAAUACGACAUUUUCAAAAGCCAUUUGACAAUUUUAACAUAAAUAAUGAUAAAAAUCGACUGUACGGAGGGUAGAUGUUUGGAAAACACUCUUUUUGUAUUAUCAAGUGCGUUAAGAAGCAAGCAAACAGGACGGCGCCACCGUAGCUAGUGGUGCUAUUUCAAAGAUGGCGGCAAAAGUUAUGUUAAUAAAUUGUUCACUCCAUUAAAACUGCCACAACUUUAUCACGGCACUCACUACGCUGCGUGGUUUAGUUGGGUUAUUGGACAGCUUUUCCAACUUGUCUUCCAUAUGAGACGGUUCUAUAUACUAUCUAUCCUCCAUGCUUAAGUAUAUAAAGUGAUUAUGAGAUCUAUUGCCGCCAGCACUAUCUGAAACGCAUUUGACGAUAAAUACCUAGACUUACCCACUGCGUUAAUAGUACAUAAAUUAUUGCUAAACGGAUUCUAAGUAUCGACCGUCAAUGUCAUUGUCAAGCUGCAUUCUAAAACAGACAUUGUUGUACACUGUGCAGGAUUUAAACACUUGUGUAGCGGAAAAUUUUGUUUUCGUGUUAAAUUCUUCAUUAUAUUGAGGGGCAAAAGGAAUUUUUGCAACUUUACAUGAGAGACAUUUAAUUUAAUUUUGCGAAAAAAUUACAUAACAUAAAAACUUCUUCAGCUAUUUAUUUGAAUGGCGUAAAACUUAAUUGAACUUCAAUUACAAACCUCGAAUUGUUGUUAAUAAUACCUAAUAAAAAAGCACCUUUAAUUACAAAGACUAAUGUUGUGUAUUAUGUCAAAUGUCACUUAAACCAAAUAUUCUGUCACUCCCUCGAUAUAAUAUAGUAACUUCUGAAGUCUGGAGGAGAUAUUAUUAAAGAGCUUUCACUGUUCAAGCUCGUAUUUAUUGAUUGUAUACAGAGAAGCCUGCAAACUAUCUGAAGCAUUUCAAACUGUAAAUAAAUAAAAAGAUGCAAGAACUCAGUAUAGUAUUUGAAACUUAUUGUCAACUAUGUUUUGAAAAUAGUCUCUUUACAUACUCUCCCUCAGCUCUCGGAAACUGUAUUAUAUGUGAAACCUUCAAGAUGUAAACGGUAAAUAAUAUAAUUUUGAAUAAAUUAUAUAAAAAAAAACACA